AGUUCGUGACGUCAUCGUGUCAAGGGUGGCGGCAUAUUGUGAACUUGAGGCCUGAUGGAUUAAACAGCUGUUGCUCUUGAAAUUAUGUUUUACCAUGUAGAAACGAACACAAUUUAUUCCUGAGCAGAUAUUUAACUCUCAUGGAGAUUCGCCCGGACUUCGACGCGGGGGAAGUAGCUCGAACUGUUGCAUUAGCUGUAUCUAGCUUGCACAAUCGCUCUUUAUCAUCUGACAGCGGUAACGAUGAAACACCUCUUGUAAAACAGAAGGAUAGAAAUAUGAGUAUAAAUUCAACUCUAGAAAGCGAAGAUAAAACGAGUUUGGUUUCUUCAGGAGGUUCUAGAUGGACCAGAUGUUCAGAAUGUAUUCCUGCAAGAUAUGUGUUGACAAUAUUAGGAUUUCUUGGCUUUUGCAAUGUAUAUGCAUUGAGAGUAAACUUAAGUGUGGCAUUAGUGGCCAUGAUAAAUAUGACAGCCUUAGAAGACAAAACUAAAACUGAAACUUAUGAAUGUGGGGGUAAUUCUACAGACAAUAAAUAUGAUAAGGAUGGUGAAUUCUUAUGGUCAGAAGAUACUCGAAGUAAUAUUUUAGGAUCAUUUUUCUAUGGUUACCUUAUAACCCAAAUUCCUGGUGGUCGAAUGGCCGAAGUAUUUGGAGGCAAAUGGCUUUUUGGUAUAGGUGUUUUAAGCACCUCUGUUAUGACAUUGCUAACCCCUGUAGCAGCCAGGUGGGGAGUUAUCCCUCUUAUUAUCCUCAGAGUAUGUGAAGGCCUUGGUGAGGGAGUUACAUUUCCUGCAAUGCAUUGUAUGUUAGGGCGUUGGUUGCCAAAGUUAGAAAGAAGCAUGUUAUCUACGAUUAUCUACAGUGGGGCGCAGAUAGGUACUGUAAUUGCAAUGCCUAUUUCUGGACUACUCUGUGCCUCUGAUUUCCUGGGAGGAUGGCCAUCAGUGUUUUAUGUCUUUGGUUUUCUUGGCUGUCUUUGGUUUGUAUUUUGGGCAUGGCUUGUCCAUGAAACUCCAGAUGUACAUCCUCGUAUUACAAAAACAGAAAUACUAAUUAUUCAAGCAGGGAAGACUGAGGAUGAUUUAUGUCGUAAGACUACUCCAAUUCCAUGGAAGGCACUUUUGACCUCCAUUCCAGUAUGGACGCUUAUGAUUACACAUUUUGGUCAAAAUUGGGGGUUUUAUACAUUUUUAACUGAACUUCCUACUUAUUUAAGUACUAUUCUGCAUUUCAACAUAACCAGUGAUGGUUUUAUCUCUGCUCUUCCAUAUUUGUUUCAAGCUUUAGUCAGCUGGGGAAUAAGUUAUGUUGCUGAUUUAGCCCGACAAAGACAGUACUGUAGUAUAAGUGUGAUUCGUAAAGUAUGUAAUACUGUUGGAUUUUUUGGACCAGCCCUUUGUCUCUUUGGAGUUAUAUUUGCUGCAUGCGAUCAUGUGUGGAGUGUAGUAUUUCUGACAAUGGCAAUGGCUUUCAAUGGAUGUACGUACUCAGGUUACAUGGUUACACAUGUCGAUAUGUCCCCUGAAUUUGCUGGAACCUUGAUGGGAAUGACAAAUGCUUUUGCUACGACUGCUGGAUUCCUAGCUCCAAAAGCUGUUGGUGCAUUAACACAAAAUAAUCAAACAUUGGAACAAUGGAGAAUUGUAUUUUACAUAGCAAUUUCAGUAUACUUUGCUACUGGUAUUUUGUUUAUUCUUUGUGGAUCAGCAAAAUUGCAAAAGUGGGGUACAACCAAUUUACUAUCUCAGAAUGUUGAAAAGAGAGAGAAGAAAAAUAGUGAUGUUGAUGAACCAUGAUUUUCCUGUUUCUAAAGUAAUCUUUUAUCUCAUGGUGACAAUUGUUAUUUUUCUUGUAUUUAAUGCUUUUAAAACAAAAUAUGAAUUGACUAUACUUAAAAAUAUCUACCAUAAAUAAAGAAAAUUUUAUUGCAUUCCAAAUUAUUUGGGAUCAAAUGUUAAUUCACAUUGUUAUUAAUUUAUUUUUAACCAAAGUUUGUUUUUAAAACUCAUUUUUAUAUCUAUUUUAGUUCAAUAAUCUCUUAUUCCAGUGAAAUGUAUUAUGCUAAAAAACAGCUUAAUAUAUUGAUGUUUUUAUAUGUGUUAUAUAUAAUUUAUAUUUAUAUUUAUGACAUCCUGUUUUUGUUCCUCCCUUUUUAAGGGAACUGUGUGAUAAUGUUGAUAUAAAAUAAAGUAAGUGUUUAAAAUUUA